AUGUCGACCAUGACGGUGCUCACCAUCGGAACCGUUUUUUCUAAUCCCUCUGCCGUACUGCCGUCGAUCACCGUCACUUCCAUCAUCUCUGCUGCAAUCGCCGCGACGACGACGGACGCCACCCCCACUAUCACCCCCACCACCGACCGAAACGCUCCUGACGCCCUGUCAACCACCAGGACAGUCACCAACACCAUCCCCACCUCCAGCGAUGUGGACGCGGUCACAACCUGUCCUCACUGCGACCGCGCAUUCACCUCACACAUAGACGUGGUCAGUCACUGGCGUGUCCAUUGCACAGAGACAGGCGAGCCAGUUCCUGGAGAAACAACAUACACUCGCUGAAUCUGCCCUCGUUACCCUUAUUGUCCAUGCACAUUCAUUCACCAUAUGGGCCGGCUCGGUCCAAUCAGUGUCCACGACAGCGGAAUUAACCGCGGUACCGAUACACCUAGCAGACCUUGCACAUCCACCCUCCCCAACCCAAUUAUUCCCAAUCACUCAGCGCACCCAGCAUUCACGGCAGCAGCAGCAGCAGCAGCAGCAGCAGCAGCAGCAGCAGCAGCAGCAGCAGCAGCAGCAGCAGCAGCAGCAGCAGCAGCAGCAGCAGCAGCAGCAGCAGCAGCAGCAGCAGCAGCAGCAGCAGCAGCAGCAGCAACAGCAACAACAACAACAACAAAAAUAA